AUGAACGGCGACAAGAUCAGCAUCGCCGAGCUGUGCAAAAUCUCGACCACUGCUAACAGUGAGGUUACCGUCGGAUGCCCGUUCCCCUAUCUGACCUUGGUCCGCUCCCAGCUACUGGACAGUGAUCUGAUCAUGGAGUGUAAGUCAGAUGAACUGAUCACCGACAAAGUUGUGCAAGGUCUGGUCGAAGGCCUGAAUAUGAUCGCUUGCAUUUUUAAGACGCUGCAGGACCUGAAGUCGGUCAAAACGAAACCGUUUGCAAUCCACCUACUGCUAUUUCUCGACAGUACUCCAGCCAAUUGA